AUACGUACCUUGGUUCGUUUUUCAAUGGGGUGGUGGGCGACACACAAAAAAAAGUUGCUUCUGGAGAACAAAACGAAUUAAAAUGCUCGAGUGGAUAUAAAAACUUCUCGCGUGGAAAUGUCACAGAUUGGUACGCGGAUUGCGGCCUGAGCAAUUUCCCUGCCACUCUUUCUCCUCUGGCACACUCUCCUAUUGCAACAGAGAGAAACGGCGACGGCUGCAAUAAUGUGAUGCCUGGGGGUCAGACACAGAGGUUAAUCCAAGAAAACGCAACCUAGAACUAGUUAGGUUUCCACUAACACACACCACAAAUACACUGCCAGAGACACACACACAUACACUAUCGCCCAGACACAGAUACACAAUCCAGCCAGAUGAGCUGGCUGCUGGGGCUCCUGGCGCUUUUGUGGGUGCCCAGUGGUCUUCUGGCCGUUCCAACGCCACUCAAGCUGCCAGGCUACACCCACAAACUGACGCCGUACAUCAAGCACUGGGAGGCGGCGAACUUCGAUCGCAGUGUGCUGCAGGCAGCCCAGCUCAGGCACUUGGAGCAGGCGCGCUUCCGUCAAAAGCGUCAAGUGGAGCCCACACAGUCAUCGACGUCGUCGUCAUCGUCCUCGAGUGGAUUAGCGCACACAAUACGAUUGAAUUUCUCGGCCCAUGACAGAGAUUUUCGAUUGGUGCUGCGUCAACAGCCGCAUUCGGUGUUCGCCCACGAUGUGGAAAUCGAGAACACACUGGGACCCAUCGACUACGAUGUCUCACGCAUUUACACUGGCAGCUUGGAGGACGAUGAGGCUGCCCAUGUGCAGGCCAUUCUAACCAGUGAUAAUCUGCUGGAUGGCACGAUUGAAACUCAAGCGGAGCACUAUUACAUCGAGCCAGCGCAGCGCUACUCCCAGCAAUUAGCCGAGAGUGGCGUCCACAGCAUAGUAUAUAAGUUAAGUGAUGUAAAUAUGCAGAAGGAGCACCUCGGAGGCGGUCUGAGCUCACAGGUGCCAACGAAGACGCAUUGCGCCAGCGAAAAGUUGCGGAAAAAACGUUGGCUGCCGGAGGAGGUGGCUGAUAGUCCUACGCCCACAUACAAUCGUAACCCGCCUUUGCCAUUAGAUCUGGAGGUGCCCUACAAUGAUGAUUUUCGUGUUCUGGCCUCCGAAGAGGAUCGGAGCGAUGAGAGGCCAACCAGAAGAUAUCCAACAACCUCGACAACGAGGAAUACUGGCCGCAGCACGGAGAGCUUUCUGGCCACGCUGACGAAACCCACGUCCAACCGUAAUAUACUUGUAAAUAACUAUAAUCCCUCCAAUGUCGGCGAAGGCAGUCGCAGCUACAACAGCAAUAAUGGAAAUGCCAAUAAUAAUAGCAACAACAAUAACAACAACAACAGCAACAACAAUGUGCGGAAAUUGUAUACGAAACACAAGAACAUCAUUGUGAGCACAUACAAUCGUCCCAUCGAACCAGAGUUUGGCACGCCCUACGAGGAGCCAAGCAACAACAGCAACAGCAACGGAAAUCUGCCAAGUAAUUUCUUCAAUGCCAACUGGACAACGCUCUUCCUGGGUAACAAUAACAAUGGAAACAGUAACGGCAACGCCAACGAUCGGCCCAGCCACAAGACACACGUUGAGAUCAUCACAAAAAAUGGGGCCACCAAAAAACCAAACAUCAUUGUGAAUAACUACAAUCCGGAGAUUAUAUUCGCACCCAAUCCACAGAAUCCGAGCUUUAACAGCAUGCUGAUGACGAAUCUGCUGAGCGGUCGGGGCGACGAUAUACACAGUUCGCCAAGGUUGCUGUACGAUCGCAAGACCACGUGCAUGCUGUAUCUGCAGGCAGAUCACACAUUUUUUCAGAAAAUGGGCUCCGACGAGGCCUCUAUUGAGGCCAUCACACGUCAUGUGCAGCGUGCCAAUUCGAUCUAUCGGAAUACAGACUUUAAUAACGAUGGCAAGCCGGACAACAUCACGUUCAUGAUUAAGCGUAUCAAGGUGCACAAUAUGAAUGCCAUGAAGGAUCCAACUUACCGUUUCCCCGGCAACUAUGGCGUUGAAAAGUUUUUGGAACUGUUUUCGGAGGAAGACUAUGAUGCCUUUUGCUUGGCCUACAUGUUUACAUAUCGCGACUUUGAGAUGGGCACCUUAGGACUGGCUUGGACAGGAGAUCUCAAGAAUGCUGGUGGCGUGUGCGAGAAGAAUGGACACUAUCGGGGCUCCCUGAAGUCCCUCAACACAGGCAUUGUGACUCUCUUGAACUAUGGCAAGCAUGUGCCGCCCGCCGUCUCACAUGUGACGUUAGCUCACGAAAUUGGCCACAACUUUGGCUCCCCCCACGAUCCGGAACAAUGUACGCCGGGUGGGGAGGAUGGCAACUUCAUUAUGUUUGCCCGUGCCACCUCCGGAGACAAGAAGAACAACAACAAGUUCAGCACCUGCUCGUUGAAGUCCAUCGAGCCCGUGCUGAAUGCCAAGGCGCGUUCCAUGAAGGGCUGCUUCACAGAGCCACAGUCUUCGAUUUGUGGCAAUGGCGUCGUCGAGCCGGGAGAGCAGUGCGACUGCGGCUGGGAGGAGGACUGCAAGGACUCUUGCUGCUUCCCCAUGUCACGCCAGCCACGCAUAGACGAGACGCCCUGUACUCUGACGCCGCAUGCCCGCUGCAGUCCCUCCCAGGGCCCCUGCUGCACCACCGACUGCAAGCUGAAGUUUGGCGACAAGUGUCGAGACGACAAUGGCUGUCGGGAUCCCUCGUUCUGCGACGGACGUGUACCCCAGUGUCCACCGUCGGUGAACAAGCCCAACAAGACGAUCUGUAACAAGGAAUUUGUUUGCUAUAUGGGCGACUGCACUGGCAGUAUUUGCUUGGCCUAUGGACUGGAGUCAUGUCAGUGCAUACCGGGACCUCAGGACGAUCGAAUAAAGUCGUGCGAGCUGUGCUGCAAGCUGCCUGGAGAAGACAACCCGUGCAGGAGUUCCUUCGAGUGGAAUGAGGCUCCAUUCGAUGUCCCGGAUAUGUACUCGAAGCCAGGCACACCAUGCAAUGAUUAUAAUGGGUACUGCGAUGUGUUUCAAAAAUGCCGCGAAGUGGAUCCCUCUGGACCUCUGGCCACUCUGCGUAAACUGCUGCUCUCCGAGGAGAGUAUUGCCACAUUCAAGAAGUGGAUGGAGCACAACUGGUAUACGGUGGCCCUGUCUGCAAUUGGCGUAAUUUUGCUUCUGAUACUGAGCACAAAGCUGCUGGCGAAACGAUCGAAUCUGAAGCUUAAGUCCGUUACCAUAAUACACAGCGCCACCACGGAGACCGUGCGUCUGCCGGAGAACAACAAUGGGGUGAUAGUACACACCGCUGUGCGGACGAAGGUGCCCUUCAAGAAGAAGGUGCGUGGCGAGCGCAGCAAGAAGUCAGGAACGGGUGCGGUAGCAGGAGCUGCUGCUGCAGCUGCUUCCGCCACAGUGGGAGGAUCCCGUGGAGCAGGAAAAACAAGUUUCAAUGCGGAGCCAAAGAAGACACAACGAUCCCAUGGGAUUGGCAAGAAGAAAUCGUUGGAAGAUGAACCCAAAAAGAGCAACAAGAAAUUGGGCAAGCAUAUGAAGGAAAUCAUCGAUUACUCGCAUCGUAACAACAACGGCGAUGAUGCCUCCAAUCUGUCCACAACCAACAAUCACACUAACACAUUCGGCAAAGUGCAGAAGUGGCUGCUGGAAUCGCCAAUUGUGGCCCAACCGCUGUCGCACAUUGAGCACAGCUCCAAGGUACGCAAGGUGAUGAGCAAGUCGCAGUCCACCCCGGAGAGGCUGGUACAGAAGCCCCCACAGAAGACCAAAUCGAUGGGAAAUCUGUCCAACGAGAAGGUGAAACUUCAAGUGGUGUACAAGCCGCCGUUCAAGUUCUCCCUGCGUCUGUCCAAGAAGCCGAAAGUGAAGACGCAUGUGGUCGCGGGUCGGCCCAAGCGAGGACAGAAGAGCAGUACGCGUGCCGCUGGUCAAGCUGCCUCGAAGGACAUCACGGCGCGCACCAAGCGAAGCGCACUGCUUCUCUGCAAUGAGGCAGAGGAUGACAACCAAAUUCUGACGCUCAACGAGCCCAACUACGAGACGUUAAAGCCUCCAGUCGCGUCCCGUGCCACAGAGCACUGUUACGAGAAUGUGGAUCUGCAGGCCGAGGCGUCCACAUCAAAGUCGAGCAGCUGUAAAGUUGCGCCAAGCUCGAAUAGAGCCAGUUUGGAGGCGCCAGUGCCAGUGUCAGCACCUGCCGCAGUUCCUGUACAGCGCAGCUCGUACCGCCGCUCCAACUCGCUGUCCACCCACAAUCCCUUCGCCGUAGCUCCGCGGCGUAGCAGCAGCAAAGUGAAAGCCGAUGCCCAGGCCGCUGGCGGCUCUGUGAAUCUUACGCGCAACUUUGGCAGCACUCAGAACCUUAUCAAUCUUAGCCAGAACCUGGCCAAGACCAAGAAGCGGAGCAGCCUCAACCUGAAGGCCAGUGGGCCCAAGAACGGCAAAGAUCCACCCGGUACCACUGCCACGAACCAGCGACGCUCCUCUUCCAAUGCGAACCUGCGCAGGGACAGCAGUGCCUCUUCGAAGGCAGCGCCAGUGCCGCCUACUCGCAACUCGCGCAACAGCUUCAGCAACAUUCCGCGAGCCAGCCUAGGGGGCGGUGGGCCCAACCCCACGACUACCGCAGGUCCGCCCAGCUUCUCGCGUCAAUCUUCCAGCAGCACCACAACGACAAGCUCGUCGAUUGCUGCGGGAGUAGCGUUACCCCAGCCACUGCAGCAAUCCGCCUCAACCAGCGCCAUGCAACGACAACCGCCUGCCCAGCCGAUGCGACGGAGUCUUCACAAUUUCCGGACGCGCUCAACGGCACCUGCGUCAGUGGCUGCACUCAAACCAGCUACAGGAGGAGCGGCGGGUGCGACGACCACCACCACCAGCACAGACAACAACCAGCUGCCGUCGGACUUGGAGGUUGUCGUGUCUGACGUUGAGAAUCUGGUUAGCUAAGAGCAGCAGCAGCUACUCAGCGGUUGCUUCUUGUGUUUCCAACCAACCAACAAAACAACCAACCAACCAACCAAGUGAAAGUGAUAAGUCUUAAUGUUAGUUAUACAAAUUGUCGCAUAGGUUUACAUGCAUUCGUACAUAAAUAUUCGAGUAUAUAAUAUAUAUUUGUACUUGUAUUUAUGUACAUGCAAAGAUAUAUGUAUGUAUAUGUACUUUACACUGCCUUAAACUUGCCGUUUCUGCUGAAUAUGUGAAUACCACGCCCACGCCCACUCACACACACACACGUCCUAAAAACAAACCCACACAAAAGCUCUCGAACAUACAUAUACCCCCGACCAAGGCUAGCCUCCACCAAAGUGAUUCCUCCACCACCUCCACAGAAAAUCAGCAUCUCCAAUCGCUCUGCCGCUCACACACACCCACCCACCCACGCACGCAUCCAUUUAAAGCCACCACUGUCCAAACCGCCAGACGCACUCACCGCACGUUGUACCUUCUACUGUUUACCACUUAUUGUAUCGUAUUCCGUAAACUGAAACUGAACUUUGCCUACGUACAUACAUACAUACAUAUCUCGUAUGUGUGGCACCUGUUCGAUGGAGAUUCCUCCCACUUGCCGUGAUAUUCCUGUGAAUACAGAAAGAUCACUAACUAGAGGAGAGUCUUUUAAGCUAGGUGAAGGGAUUAUGUUUGAGUAUCGCUCUCGUUAUGUUAACUGCCAAAUCUGGGCGUCUGUUUAAAACUCAUUUUUUAAAUAGUAUUACUCCUAAUGGGAAUAUAUUAUGUGAACUGCAUACCUAUAGUUUUGCCUAAUCUUUAACUUUCGAACAACGAUCGACCACCUCAUCUAAACUUCGACAAACAACACACACUUACACACACACACAGAACAAUACAAGGUGCUAUUUUAGUAAUAAAGUAAACUUAAAUGAUUAACCAAGAACUUUUCAACUCAUCCUUUGCAUAUUUUUCAAGAUCAAAACUAAGAUAAGGAACAAUUAGGACAGACAGACAGACAGAGAGAGAGAAAGAGAGAGAGUGAGUGUCAAGCCCAAGUAGAUUAUAGUGAGUGUGUAGAAGGGGGAGAGCAGAUUAGUUAUACGGCAAAAGUAGAUCAAAUGGAUAACCAACGACAACUGUCAAUAAAAAUCAAAAGCAAUAUGCAUCGAAGUUAGUUUUUACAAGUAGCACUUGCAGUAAAUCGACAUAUGUAGAAUAUUAGCCAGCCACGCCACUCCCCCAGCAACAUCCAUCCCGACAAAUGCACUUGCACAUAAUUAUGUACAUAAAUAAACUGUCAGCACGCCUCAAACCCAUAGAGAGAGAUAAUACAUACCAUUGCCACUAUCGCCUUCGCCAAAUCAGUAGCAGUUGUUGUGUAAAUACAUACUCUAUAAAGACAUAAAUAGGAUAUCAAAUGGAAAUAGUUUUUAUAUGCAAUAACAAGUUAGUGCAAUGAAAAGAGCAAAACAAUAAUGAGAACACCUAACGAUAUUCAUAAACAUACCUACCAUACACACCAUAGACACACACACACCUGUAGGUAUACUUUAUAGUCACAUUCCGAAAGAAAUCACAAAAGCGGCUUUCGAAUUAAAACGAAAAAGAAACAAACAAAAAUCUCACUUCAUACAAAACACAACUUAACAAAGAUACAAUAACGAUUUGUAGUCUAAGACAAUGAUUGAUAUUUGUAGCUAUAUGAAUGUGUAGGAAAUCGGCGUAUCAAAUUGCAUCUAGACUAGAUAUAGACCAUAUCUAUAUACAUACAUAAAUAUCCGUACACAAGGGGCGUGCAAUACCAUUGCAACUUUACGAGCAUUUGGGUAUAUUUUUGUGGAAUAUACAAACCAUUAUUAGAUAAAAACACAUAAGCUCCAGCUCAAGAAACCCGAACUACAGAAGGACAGACCGAGACAGUGACAGACCAGACCCGAUAGUUAACGCGAGUAGGCCAGUGAGGAAACGGAAACGGAUGCAGAAUCCAGGAGCAAGAAGCUAACGAAAUAGUAUGUACGCGACAAUCGCUUUCAAAUGCUUAUAAACAUUUAAACAAAAAUAACGAAACCAUUGGAGAAUCGAAUUGAACUUUAUUUUUAAUUUAUCUUCGACAAAACGACGGUAUCUUGACUAUUUCAAUAUGGAACUAUACAAAGCAAAGUCAACUAAAACUAAAGUAAAGGCAUGAAAAACGUUUUAAAAUUAC